GGCUCGGAGGCGGAGCCACAGGAGGAAGAGGAGGUGACAGCGGUGACCGUGAUGGCGGCAGAUGCCGAACACAUCGAGAUGGGGGCCGAGUCCCUGCCGAGCGCCGACGAUGCCGCGGCUGCCGCGUUCGCAGGUCAGCGCCCCGCGCGCAUGCGCAGAGCCGCCCCGCCAGUCUGCCCCUGCCUAAUGUCGCUCCUGACCCUGAGAGCUGGUUCGCGCAGGCAGGCACGUUGAUGUCUUGACGAUAGCGACAUCAAGCGGUUGCUUGCAUGUGUGAAUGGGCCAUCACAGUUAACACCACAGAAGUGACUACAGUAACUGUAGCCAAUGUGGGUUCAUCCGCAGACAACGUAUUCACCACUUCAGUGGCAAAUGCAGCAUCCAUUUCAGGACAUGUGCUGUCUGGAAGAACAGCUCUUCAAAUUGGGGACAGCUUGAAUGCUGAGAAAGCCACUCUGAUUGUGGUUCACACAGAUGGCAGUAUUGUAGAGACUGCAGGGCUAAAGGGAGCAUCUGCACCUCUCACACCAGGGCCUCAGUCCCCUCCUACUCCUUUAACAUCUGGACAAGAAAAAGGUGGAACAAAAUAUAACUGGGACCCUUCAGUCUAUGAUAAUGAGCUGCCUGUGCGAUGCCGAAAUAUUAGUGGAAUUCUCUAUAAAAAUCGACUUGGCUCAGGUGGUCGAGGACGUUGCAUUAAACAAGGGGAAAAUUGGCAUAGCCCCACGGAAUUUGAAGCCAUGGCAGGAAGAGCCAGCAGCAAGGACUGGAAAAGAAGCAUCCGUUAUGCAGGGAGGCCAUUACAGUGCCUUAUUCAUGAUGGGAUAUUAAAUCCUCAUGCUGCUUCUUGCACUUGUGCUGCUUGUUGUGAUGACAUGAGUUUGAGUGGCCCUGUCAGACUAUUUGUCCCAUACAAAAGACGUAAAAAAGAAAAUGAAUUGCCUACAACUCCAGUGAAGAAGGAUUCCCCCAAAAACAUCACUCUGCUCCCUGGAACUGCUGCUACUACUUUCACUGUGACACCUUCAGGGCAGAUUACUACCUCUGGCACUCUGACCUUUGACCGUACAUCAACUGUCGAGGCCACAGCUAUUAUCUCAGAAAGUCCAUCCCAGGGUGAUGUGUUUACUGGUGCCACUGUGCAAGACACAAAUGUUCAGCAGCCUUGCCGGGUCAGUCAUCCAGAGCCUCACUAUCCAAGUUAUCAAGAUAAUUGUCAGAUCUCGGCUUUCCCAGAAGCAGCACUGCCAACUUCUCAUCCCAAAAUUGUACUGACCUCGCUUCCUGCCCUGGCUGUUCCACCCGCUACCCCCACCAAAACAAUAUCCUCAUCAGUGGUGAAUGGUCUAGAAAUGACAGAGCAGCGAAGCUGGCUGUACCUUGAGGAGAUGGUAAAUUCGCUACUCAACACGGCACAGCAGCUGAAGACACUGAUUGAACAAGCAAAGCAGGCCAGCUCCUCAUACAGAGAAGCCGCUGUCACUCAGGCAAAAAUCCAAGCGGAUGUGGAGAGGAAAGAGCAGUAUCAAAGCCAGUUAUUUCAACAAACGGAUGAGGUAGAUGGAAAAACGGAAAUCAUAAUUAAGCAAUCCUGUGUAAACUGUGGUCGCGAGGCAAUGAAUGAGUGCACUGGCUGCCAUAAAGUCAACUACUGCUCAACUUUCUGUCAACGGAAGGAUUGGAAAGACCACCAGCAUAUGUGUGGUCAGUCAGCCACAGUUACUGUCCAGGCAGAAGAGGUUCAUGUUACAGACAAUGUGAUGGAGAAAGUUGCUGUUUGAAAGACCUUGCCUCUUCAGAUGGGCGGAUAUGUUUGUGUAUAGCAGGCUGGCUGGACCAGUUAUCCAAAACAAAAGCAAGGGCAAUCACGGAAAUACAACCAAGCAAAACAGGGGAGAGGGGGAACCCAACUGUGACUAAAAUGAAAAUGUAUUGAAAAUCAUGUGUAUCAAACAAACAGAAAUAUGUAUUACUAUACAGUAGGCCAACAGUAAGGUAGUAUCUAAUUUCUUUCACUAAUGAGAAAAUAAAUAGUUGAACCAAAGAUAACGAUUCGAGAUAAAAAUGAAUAAUAACAUAUACAAUAAUGAUCAAAGACAUAUAGAGGAGAUAUGAUUGAACAGGGCAAAAAAUGGGGCUGCUGGACCAGUUAUCCUGCUGUGAAGUCCUGUUGAUAAACUGAACUCCUCAAGAAGAUCUGAUUGUGAUGUCACUUGCAUGUUGCUGGACAACAUAAACUCCUCUUUCACAAAGUAGAACUGAAAAUACAUAGAAAUGACUCCAAUUGUUUGGAUGGAACUCUGGAUCUUAUAUUAACUUCAUGGGGUUCUCUACAAAGUUGAUUGGCAAUUUAAGUUGCUGCAUCCCUCAGCUCUGCUUGGAUGAUGGUAGUUAUUUGAAGUGAUUGAUAAAAGUUCUUUCAAGUGGUU